GUGCCAUGGUGCUGUGCCUGUCCCCCACCUGGGCAAGCCGGGUGCCAUCGGAGACGUCCCCAGGCGCCUGGUCCCUGCUCCUCUCCCGGGGCGUCUCCUUCAAGGUGGGGGGACACAGCGCCCUGGAGACCUACGCGCCCCCCCGCCGCGCCAACUACGUGACGGGCACCUUCGCGCCGGGGGACCCCGAGGGCGGCUGGGUGGGCGAGCUGGCCCGUGACCUCGACUGCCCCACGGGGGGCUCAGUCCCGCUCGCCCACCGGCUCCAGGACACGCUGGUCGCCCGCUGGGUGCUGGCGGCUCGCGCCAACCUGCCUGUGCCCCCCACACUGGCCUUUGUCCUGGGGGCCAGGGGGGACCUGCCCUCCGAGCCCGUGGCCCCCGGGGUGAGGCUGGUGCGGCUGGAGGACCCCCAGGGCCAGCAGAGCCUGGUGCAGGAGGAGGUGGGAGCCUUCCUGGGGGGCACCGCCAUGGAGCCCUACAGCCAGGUGGUGGUGCGGCCGGCGGGGUGGCGGUGGUGGGGGACAGGCACCCGCAGCACCCACAGGAAGGAGGAGGGGGCGGCGGUGGCGCAGGCGGUGGGUGCCCGGCUCCGGGGGCUGACGGAGGAGGACAGCGUCCUGCUGGAGGCCAUGGUGCCCACCGCCCGCCUGCCCGUGCCCCCCCCACGCAGCCCAGCCCCGCGGCUGCCCAUGGCCCUGCGCAUCUGCACCCUCGUCUGCAGGUCCUGGGGGGACCGGCCCCAGCUCUGCCAGGUGGCCUGCGCCGUGGGACGCGCAGAGAGCCCGGUGCGUCACGGCGCGGCGCUGCCCCAGGGCCUGGACUCCAGCCUGCAGCAGUGGGGGGUGGUCGCCCCCAGCCAGCGGCAGGCGCUGGCCACGCGGCUGAGGGAGGCCACUGAGGCCGCCAUGGCCGCCCUCCUGGCCACCGAGGCCGAGCUGAGCCCGCAGCAGCGCGGUGGCACCCGUGCCCACACAGACAUCCUGGGCGUGGAUUUCCUGCUGGCGUGCGUGGAUGACGCGCUGGAGCUGGUGGCCUUGGCCACCAACAGCCAGCGGUGCCUGGAGACCUGCGUGCUGGCCGAGGCCAUGGGGCGUGGCGUGGGCGAGCCCCGCGGGGACCUGCCGCGGCUGCUGGCCGAGGCCAUGCUGCACCGGGCACAGUGUCACCUGGUCGAGGGCAAGGACAUCCUGCUUAUCGGGGCCGGGGGCGUCAGCAAGAGCUUCGUGUGGGAGGCGGCCCGCGACUAUGGGCUGAGGAUCCACCUAGUGGAGUCGGACCCGGAGCAUUUCGCGGCGGGGCUGGUGCAGACCUUCCUGCCCUACGACAGCCGGGAGCAUCGGCGGGACGAGGAGCACGCGGAGCGGGUGCUGGAGCUGCUGCGCUCCCGGGGGCUGCGGCCCCACGCCUGCCUCUCCUACUGGGACGACUGCGUGGUGCUGGCGGCCCUGGUGUGCCAGGGCCUGGGGCUCCGCGGCCCCGCGCCCGCCGCCGUGCGGGUGGCCAAGCAGAAGAGCCGCACGCACCGGCACCUGCAGGGCUGCCGCCGCGGCCGCCCGCCGCCCGCCGCCUUCGCCGUGCCCUGCCGCCGCCUGCAGAGCCACGGCGACGUGGAGCGGGCGGCGGGCGCCGUGCCCUUCCCCGCCGUGGCCAAGCUGGAGUUCGGCGCGGGCGGCGUGGGCGUGCGGCUGGUGGAGAACGCCGGGCAGUGCCACGCUCACGCCGCCCGGCUCUGGAGGGACCUGCGCGACGACGCCGACCACCCGGGCAUCGGGCUGGGCUGGGGCAACGCCAUGCUGCUCAUGGAGUACGUGCCGGGCACCGAGCACGACGUGGACCUGGUGGUCUUCGAGGGGCGGCUGCUGGGAGCGUGGGUGUCGGACAACGGCCCCACGCGUGUUCCCGCUUUCCUGGAGACGGCGGCCUGCCUGCCCUCCUGCCUGCCCGCCGACCGGCAGGCGCAGCUGGUGCGGGCGGCCCUGGAAUGCUGCCGGGCGUGCGGGUUGCGGGACGGCGUCUUCAACGUGGAGCUCAAGCUGGGGCCGGCGGGGCCGCGCCUGCUGGAGAUCAACCCCCGCAUGGGGGGCUUCUACCUGCGCGACUGGAUCCGCGAGGUCUACGGCCCCGACCUACUGCUGGCCGCCGUGCUGGUGGCGCUGGGCGUGCCGCCGGUGCUGCCCGCUCGGCCCGCGCCCCGCACGCACUUGGCCGGGGUGAUGUGCCUGGGCUCGGAGCACGGCGAGACCCUGGCGGGCGGCGGGGGCAUGGAGGCUCUGCGGGAGCUGCACGGCCGUGGGCUCGUCCGCCUCAACCGGCUCUUCGAGGAGCCAGAGGGGGCCGGCGAGUACGAGGAGCCGCUGCUGAGCGUGGCGUGCGCUGGGGCCACGCUGGCCGAGGCCUGCGAGCGCCUGCUGGGGCUCUGCCAGGGGCUGGGCAUCGACUCCCAGCGAUAUCCCGUGGAGUAUUUCUUGUCCCACUUCAAAUAG